AUGGCGACGGAGAACACCAGUGGAAGUAUUAUUCAGCUCUCUGUGGGAAAAGUCAUUGAAAAGUACACUGUCCUGAAGAAGCUUGGUGAAGGUAGUUUUGGAGCUGUAUAUAAGGUGGAAGGACCAAGUGGGAAGCAGUACGCCCUCAAAGCUGAAUCUGUCAAUGAGAAAGUACCGCUUCUUCGGCUUGAGCUCCUCGUCAUGCAACGUCUCCAGGCUAGAAAUGCUACACAUAUGCCGGAUCUCAUCGACAAAGGGAACUUUGAGAACUUUAACUAUAUUGUGAUGAAAUUGCUUGGGAAGUCUCUUCAGGAAGCAAAGAAAACCGGUCCCGAUCGCCACUUAUCACUUGGACCAGCCAUUGGGGUUGCGAUUCAAUGUCUUGAAGCCAUUGAAGAGUUACAUUGGGCCGGAUUUUUACACAGGGAUGUGAAGCCAGGAAACUUUGUAGUUGGUCGGGCAGAAGACGGAGAUCUACGAAAGCUGUAUAUACUCGAUUUUGGAAUGUGUCGCAAAUUCGUAGAUAACAACGUGAGCCGCUAG